CGACAAGCAGAUGGUUAAUAGCAAAAGUGAUUCAUAGAAUACAACAAUGGAGGUUAUUCUUUACAUGGAGUGACCGACAGUGAACGCCCCAAAGUGAACAAUGCAGCAAGAGGCUAUCACAGUCCUUAGACUUACUCAAAAAGAAACCGAAGAUCUUAAAGUAGGAGUAAAUCUUGUCAAUGGACCCUCCGACAAAAAAUUUGCUAUCUACAGACCAGCGGAGUUGACUGAUGGAGAGGAAGGAGAGAAUAUAGGAAUACGAGCCUGCAUGAAUAUAUGCAAACAUCAAGGCGGCACCUUCAUAAAAGACAUCGAAGAUCUGGAUUCAAGUGUGCUGAGAUGCACUAAACAUGGAUGGAGACUGGACUGCCAAACAAUGCAGUACGUCAAUCCUCCAAAUAGCUUCAGACAAGAGGAAUUAAUUCCAGAAUUCGGAGAAGAUGGUGGCUUGAAAUUGGUGGAGUUAAGACCACCACAACCAUGGCAACAAGACCCACGAAAUGCACUUGAAAUAAAACCCGGCGAGGUAGAAGUGACGUAUUUUUCACAUGCGUGCGUUGAGAUGAAACUCGGCGAGGUGCGAAUGUUCACUGAUCCCUGGCUGACAGGUCCGGCGUUUGCACGUGGGUGGUGGUUGCUGCACGAGCCACCAUGUGAUUGGCUAGAUCGGUUAGCGUCGACUGAUUUCAUCUACAUCAGUCAUCUUCAUUCAGAUCACCUAAGUUACCCUACCCUUGAACAACUAUACAAGAGGAACCCGGAUGUGCCAAUAUAUGUGGGGGAUGUGUCCACACCAGUGUUCAGCAAAAUGGAGGAACAUGGUGUCAAAAUGAACAACAUUACAGUACUGGAAUUCGGUGUAUGGAAGGAGAUAAAUGCUGAUCUACGUUUCAUGAUUUUAAUGGACGGUGUUCACCCAGAGCUUGAUACAUGUCUCCUCAUCGACUAUAAAGGCCAUUUUAUUUUAGACACCGUGGACUGUACGAACCCUAAUGGAGGUAGACUACCACAUAAUGUUGACGUUAUGAUGUCAGACUUUGCGGGCGGAGCUGCCGGAUUUCCGAUGACCUUUCAUGGCGGUAAAUACACAGAGGACUGGAAAAGAAAUUUCAUCAAGUCAGAACGAAGAAAAUUAUUGUAUUACAAAACUCAAGUCGUUCGUAAAGUGAACCCUGUUGUUUACUUUCCCUUUGCUGGCUAUUUCGUUGAAGCUCACCCUUCAGAUAAGUAUAUCAAGGAUACGAAUGCCAAGAUUAGCCCGAAUGCACUGAAUGAUCUAAUCAACAAGCAUUCACCGGAUAUCAAAACAUGGACUCCGUUACCAGGAUCUAUGUUUGACCUUGGAAAAAUCCUCAAGGACAAGGACGACAUAACAGCCUUCAGAGAUCCUCCCCCUGGAACCAAAAUAUUGAAAGAUGAUUGGGAUUUUGACAAAUAUCUGGACGCCAUUGAUGCAAGCAUUUAUAAUGAAAUAUUUGCCUAUCCUGAAUGGGUGGAAUUCUAUUAUAAGUGGUGCCAAUUUAAAAAUUACAAUCUCGUUGUCAAGAUGAUUGAGACGGAUGACAAUUUCCAGCCGAUAGAGGGCGCAUAUACAUAUAUGGUCGACUUCGUUGGUGAAGUACCAACAUUCCCGAGUGAACGGCCUGACAGAACACACAAUUAUCUUGAAAUUCGCAAUAGGAUUGGGGUACAUAGGCAGACCAUGUUGACUGGGAUGUUCUGGGAUGAUUUGUACAUUGGUUUUAAUAACAGAAUCACGCGUGAUCCUGACACGUUCCAUUACCAGUUUUGGAAUUACAUGCAGGUUCUUUUGCCACAAGAACCCCCGAAAUGGGAAGAAUUCCUUGAAGAACAACGAGCUAAAGGAGCACGGGGGAGAAGCGUAUGGGCGCCAUCUAAUAAGGCUCUUAUCAAAGGGACCACCCGCGUGCCGCAGUCUUACUCGUCAAUACUUUGCACCGCGGCACUUUCUAUGGCCGUUGGUGUCGCUGCUGCCGUUGCUUUGCGAAUACUUGUCCGCAGUCGGUGAAGAACUCGAAACUGGACCAACGUAGGCCGUGUAGACUGACCUGAAACCAAUAUAACCACGAGGACGAUCACGAACACUCUUCGUGUUCAUAUAUUCUAUUAAACUAUUAUGCUGCAUAUUUAAUUCUGUCGUUUACAACAGGAUAUUUACACGUAUAUUUAUAUAUACCGGUAUAUAUAUCCGCCCACAACUCUGGUCACCUAGCUUAAAGCUUCUAUCUCAGACGGUGAAACCACAGUCAGCUGGCCGGGGUAUUUGAAACCGAAAUUGUCAUCUAAGCGUUAGGCCGUCGCUGAUUGACUGCUGAGCUGGAAUGCCAAUUUUUAGUUUUAAAUACCCCAUAAAAGUGUUCUAGGUUCUUCGCGUAAUUAGGUGGUCGUAUGCAUGGGAUUUUUCCACACAAACACGACGAAUUAGGCCGAAUUUUGUUAUCGGUUGGCUUAAUAUAACCCCAACGGACUGUAUUUUUGUGAAAGAUUGGUAUUUUUGUCGUGAUUUGUAGGAAUCUGAAAAACGCGUUUCACAACUUGUCUCUUAGUUUUAUGCGUCAUUCAAGAUGGCGGCCCCCAUAUAGUAAAUAUCGUAUUUAUUUUAUUAUCACGUGUGCGCCAGCUGACUGUGGGUGAAACCACCAAAAAAAGCGUGUGUUAACCUUUUGUACUGUAAUAUGUUGCUGUGGGGAAAGUGACACCGCUGAAUAAGAAUGUCGCUACCUCGAAACAGCACGCCCUGUUAACCAGACGCUCGACUGCUACAACUUGGCGUGUUGUCUGUAGUGUACUUCUUGUAGAUGACGUGAUGGCGCUUAGAAGAUGUACUGUAUAUGCCAUGUUAUAUUUAUAUGAUCCACAGAAGCAUAUUCUAAUUUUUGUUUACAUGCUGGGAUAGUAGUUACAUGUGCUUGGUUGGUUAGUUGUUGGAUAGAUAUCGUAGUUGUUUACUCUGAACAUGCACCAAGAUAGAUCCAUUGCUCUAGGGUAUCGGGGUGCACGUGGGUACGUAUAGGGGUACACGUGGGUACGCAUAGGGGUACACGUGGGUACGUAUAGGAGUGAAGUAGUUUUCUUGGUCUACAAUACAUUACUACUCGAAUGUGUGUGAUUUGUGCUGACGCUUGUCCCGUGUGACUUUCGUGUUUUGUUUUCUUUUAUAGUUAUUUUUUUUUUCACUAAAUAAAAUAAAUCUUCUGGACUAA